GCUACGACCUGACCUUAUCUUGCUGAAAAAGGAUAGGUUUAGGCAGGCCAAAAUCACUUUUGUAGUUAAAAAUUCAAACCGAUCCGGAAAGAACCAGAAAAACAGAUCAUUUUUUCCAAACGUAGACAUGAAAUUCGAUAUUAAAGCCUGGCCCGAAUUUUUGAUCCCUUCUAGUUAAACUACGACAGUUGAAAAAACACAUAGAGGGAGUAAUUACGAGUACUAAUUAAUUUUAAUGGUUACUGAUAGAUCACUGGUUCGACGCCCUUCCCUUCAGUAAUUUGACUAAUUUCCCUUUAGUUACGAGUAUUAUUGAUUUACUUCCAUUUUCUCAUUUUGACAUCCAACUUCCAAACAUCAUCUUUCGUCUUCCAAGUUCCAACCCUCCGACCGCCGAUCGCCGACCAAGUCACACCGCCGUAAACGGAGGAAUCCGGCUGUGUUUUGGAUAUGAUCGUCUGUGUCGCAGUCGUCGGUCACCAGAAUAAUCCACUCUACCUUCAAAGUUUUACUGAGGGUGAUGAUAAUGAUGCACUCAAGCUUCAUCACAUUGUUCACUGCUCACUUGAUUCUAUUGACGAACGAGUGAACAAUCCCAAGAAAUCUGGGCCAGUGCUGAAUGAAACAUUUUUAGGUCUGCUUUACCCAACUGAGAAUUACAAAGUGUAUGGCUAUUUGGCUAACACUAAGGUGAAAUUCAUUUUGGUGACCACUGAUUUAGAUGUUAGGGAUGCUGAUGUGAGAAUUUUCUUCAGGAAAUUUCAUGAAGCUUAUGUGGAUGCAGUUUCAAAUCCUUUCCAUGUACCCGGUAAAAAGAUAACCUCUCGCACAUUUGCUGAUAGAGUCAGCAACAUUGUCAAAUCCUUUGGAUUGGGUUCAACUGGGUGAACAAUAUGGACAUCUGUUCUUUAAUUUGGGAACAUGUGAUGCCUUUCUGCUGGAGUUAGCCAGAACCGCAGCUGGUUUCGCUGGAGUUAGCCAGAACCGCAGCUGGUUUCGGAAGGAAUUUAACAGCAUCCAAAAUGUGAGAUGGUUUGUUUUUUUUUUUGUUUUUUUUAAUACUACGUAUAAGGACUGUAGCAAUAAGGUACAAACUGCUUCGACAUGCUGAUAGCUUGAAUUAGUGACUCUGUAUUUGUAAAAAAAAGCCUGAGAGUUAAUCUUUGAGCAUGUACCACGUAUUCUGUUACAAGAUCAAUAUCGAAACUCAAUAGCAGAGAGGCGUAAUGUAGCAUUUUGUAUAAUUUGAUUAGCUUACUGGUUGGUCUUCCUCUGCAGCGCAGCUGACCUGAA